GUCUAAAAAAAAAAGUUAGGUUUUUUUACAUAAUCAACCUAAAAAAAAAAAACAGCAAAUUUUAGGCAUAUGUUAGUGCUCCUGCAUCUCGUCGGUAGUAAAACUGUAGUGUAUGAUUUGGAUAUUGGAUCAAGAAAGUCGACUAAGAUUUCUCCAAUUCAUAACCCAAACACUACUACUACUAAUCUAAUAUCUGCUACAUUUUCUCACCGAUCUGAAGUUGAUCGAUUCGCAAAUACGCAUUGAGGAAGAUGAAGUUUCAGUACUUACAAACCCAGUCACAGAGAGCUGCUUUCGCUGGAAUUUUCGUUAUCCUUCUCCCCAAUUUCUUCCCUAAUCUCUUUGAUCCUUUGGGACGUGCUUAUCCUUCAAUGUUUUCGGAAUGGAAUGCUCCAAGUCCUGAGCACAUUCAUUUAUUAGAGGGUGCUUUGCAUCAACAAAUUUCUGAGAAACAACAGUCUGAUAUCUGGUCUCCAUUGCCUAACCAAGGGUGGAAGCCUUGUCUAGACUCUGCUACUAUCCCAUUCGAUUCAGAGAAAUCCCAGGGGUAUAUUCAGGUGUUUCUAGAUGGAGGAUUGAACCAGCAAAGAAUGGGGAUUUGUGAUGCAGUUGCUGUUGCUAAAAUCUUAAACGCAACACUGGUAAUCCCACACCUCGAAGUAAAUCCUGUGUGGCAAGAUUCAAGUUCUUUCACGGAUAUAUUUGAUGUUGAUCACUUUAUUGAUGUCUUGAAAAAUGAAGUCUCCAUAGUUAAAGAGGUUCCCAGCAAAUACUCAUGGAGCACAAGGGAGUAUUAUGGAACAGGCAUACGACCUACUAGAAUCAAAACAGCCCCUGUUCAUGCUUCUGCUAAUUGGUAUUUGGAAAAUGUUCUUCCAAUGCUAAAUAGUCAUGGGAUUGCUGCCAUUGCUCCAUUUUCACACCGUUUAGCUUUCGAUAACCUCCCUAAAGAGAUCCAACUUCUUAGAUGUAAAGUCAACUUUGAAGCAUUAGUUUUUGUCCCCCACAUCAGGACACUUGGGGACACCCUUCUUCAACGCCUUCGAACCUCUCCCACUACAAAAACCAAGGGCGAAAAUGGAAAUGGAAAUGGAAAGUUUAUUGUUUUACACCUCCGCUUUGACAAAGAUAUGGCUGCGCAUUCGGCUUGUGAUUUUGGUGGUGGGAAAGCUGAGAAGUUGGCUCUUGCAAAGUAUAGGCAAGUGAUUUGGCAGGGAAGAGUGGUUAAGACACAGUUUAGUAAUGAGGAGUUGAGACAUCAGGGAAGAUGUCCAUUGACUCCUGAAGAGAUUGGAUUGUCAUUAAGAGCAUUGGGAUUCAAUAAUGAUACACGCCUCUAUCUUGCAUCCCAUAAGGUUUAUGGUGGUGAAGCGAGGAUCUCAACACUGAGGAAAAUGUUUCCGCUUAUGGAGGAUAAAAAAAGCAUUGCCUCUGAGAAAGAACGCGCUCAAGUGGAAGGAAAGGCGUCGUUAUUAGCUGCAGUUGAUUAUUAUGUCAGCAUGCACACAGACAUCUUCAUCUCUGCUUCCCCUGGCAAUAUGCACAAUGCAAUGCUAGGGUACCGAGCUUAUAGGAACAUGAAGACUAUCAGACCCAACAUGGUGUUACUGAGUCAGCUUUUUCUAAAUGGAACCAUGGAGUGGUCUGAGUUUCAGCAGGCUGUGGAAAACGGGCAUAAGAACAGACAAGGCCAGAUUAGGUUGAGAAAGGAGACACAAUCCAUAUAUACAUAUCCCAUCCCCGAUUGCAUGUGUCAUUAAUUUAUUCUCUGGUGUAAAUUAACUUAACAUGAAUACAAUGAAAAGAAUUGGAGAUGCAAACUUGACAUUCAAAUUUUCAUUUUUCCCCUUACUAAGUUCUAUCAUAUGAAUGGAACUCCUUGCCUUUCUACUUUUCACUUCCUAUUCCUAACUGAGGAAUUGGCAAGCACAUACAUGCAUGAAAUUAAUGGAUACAACAAACUUUUUAUAUAUAAUAAAUACAAGUAACGAUGAUGCAAGCCUACUAAAAACCAGCUCGUGUCACAUUUCUAAACACAUUCAGAUGUCACCUCUUUUCUUGUUCGUUUGAUGAUGUGGUCCCUUGACCCACGCUACCCGCAUCACUUUUCUGGUCUUUGCUAGGCGGUGCACCACCCCCAUUUAAACAGCUAGCCAAUUCCUUCGACUCCGAUGAUGAUGAUGGUGCAGGGGGUCCCAUCUCAUCCUCCUCAAUAGGCAGCAUUCUUUUGGAACCCUCUAAAGCCACACCUAACACAAUAUUAUCUUCCAAUGCUGACCUGGCCUUUUCAGCCUCCUGUUUUGGACUAUUACCACCAGCUGACCCAAUGGGACUGGGUCCCAUGUUUGAGGGUUUUGGGUUGGGAUCUGUGAUUGGGUCUGGUAUGAUGGGUUUGGUGUCUUUUUCUUCGAUGUUGGGGUUGGUGGUGGGUCCGGGUCCGGGUCCGGGUCCGGGUCGAGAUGAAGGCUUGCUUUUAUCUUCACCGUUGAUCUUGUAAGAUGGUUCGAUCAGUAGGAAUGGGCGGUUUGCAGCAGCAGCUCGGUUAUGACUGAAGAUGUCGGAAAUUGGGAUGUCGUCGUGGUCUGCAUUACGGUAGAUUCUUUGUACAGUGCGAAUGGGUGUUGCCAGACGGGCACGGUGGUGGCUGAUUACUCUUAGCAGAUCCAGCAUUAUUGCUUCCUUGACACAAAGAUAUUCUUCAAAAUGUGAUGUUUUAACAAAGCAAGAAAUCAUAAUCAAAAGAGCCUGGUUUUCACGGUCAACAUUAUCCAAAAACACUCGCCUAUGAAGCUUUUGCUGCUCCACUUGAGGAUUUUUGGCCAAAACCUUGCGCAUAUCAGCCACAAUGUUAAUUUUGUUGACAUCCAAAUGGCUGAUAGCAAGGUGAGUCUUGAUGCGCCAAUGAGUUUUUUGGCUUAAAUUUCUCACCACAUUCACUGUAAAUUGAUGAUUUGGGAUAUGAAUGGCUUCACGAUCAUCACCUCUAAUCACUGUUGGGGACCACCAACCCACAUGCU